AUGACCAAAUCGUUGCCUCUACCGCCGCGCUUUUUCAAGUGCCCGGAGCUCACGCAACGUGAGGAGCAACAUCUUGUCGGGAAAGCCAAAGAGUCAGCUCAAGCUCUGGUCGAUGCUACACGUAGCAAUAAAGGACCCGUGCGAUGGGAGGAAGCAGGUACAUAUCGAGGAGUGCAAAUGUACAAGGGUGAAGCUCGAUAUCCCGAAAGUGUCGUGGGGGAAUCCAUUACGUACGGCUGUGGGGCGACCACGAUUCAAUCUACACUUGAUGAGGUUGCUGACUUUUUCGAUCUCUCGACGGACGAGAAGGUCGCUGAAUGUGUUACUUGGGACGCCGACAUAUUGGACAGUCAAUUACUAUACGCGCUGCAGGACCCAGUUCUGCUGAACGAUCCCACAAAUAACACUGGAAAGAAUCGUAGAGGUGCGAGCAAGAUGCUUAACGCUAAUCAGGUCACCGUCAAGUGGUUUGCCAUGGACGUGCCAUCGAAACUAAUGAAAAACCGCGACUUUCUUACGGUGGAGUGUCAAAGUACUUUUAUGGACGUGAGUGGCCGUCGAGGCUGGGUGCGUUCUUACCACUCUAUUAAGCUACCUUGUUGUCCGGAAUUAAGCGACUACGGCCUUGUUCGCGGCAGUUAUUACCACACGGGCUACGUGUUUGUAGAGAGUGAGAGACCUGGCUUGGUGGACGUUAUAUUCAGUGCACAGGUCAACAUGAAGAGCAGCGUAAAGGUACCAAGUGCACUGUACAUGACGAUCCAGAAGAAGAGACUAUCAAGCAUUGCAGAUUUACAGAAUCUAAUCACGCGAAGGCGACUUGGUACGCAACGUUUCCUUGGAGAUCUAGAGCUUGUACUUAAAAGCCAACGUAAGCGCUGUAACUUAUGCUCGGCCAAGUUUGGACUGAUUACACGGAAGGCACGAUGCCGCAAGUGUGGUGAAGUAGUAUGUGCUUCUGCGUGCAGUAUGGAGUGGGAGGUGUUGAUUCCUAAUCAGGGGGCUAGAAAGAUUCGCGUUUGCACAAGGUGUGCUCAAAGCACGGACCCAUCAGUAUUUGAGGACCUGCCGCCCAGCGAGCAGUACUCAGACAUCAGUGUCAAUGAUGACGGCGUGCCUGUGGUGAGCGUGCGUGCUCCAGGCUACCAGUACAAUACAAGAAGUGACAAGGGUUCGUCUCCGCGUCAUCGUAGCAAAUACAGUCUUGACAGUGAUGAAUAUGAGAGCCGUAGUGACUAUCGUCAGCAUUCUGGUGAACGAGGACCGUACAGCAAUAGCUACGAAGAGAUAUACAGCCAAAAUAGCAGCUUCCAAGACUCAGAUGCAGAGUUCGAGCGUACAAAUAGUAUUGACUAUGCUGAUGUGGGCCUAGACUACACGAACGACUUUAGUGAGUAUGACGAACCUCCGUUGUGCGAAAGAAGGCGCGACGACAGGAGAUACGACCCGAGGAAUCCAGACAUGUACGACCACGAGACCUAUGGUGUUUCGCCUCCGCAGUAUCGCGACGACGAGCAGAAGCGAGCACUCCAGCGUCAACAGCGUGCUUUGCAGCAGCAGCAGAACAAACGGCGACUCUUAAAGCGCCAGCAACAACAGCAGGAGGCACUGAUGCAUCGCUGCCAGCUUCAACAGGAACCGAAUAAGUACGGCGCGGAACGAGAGGACUCAUUUAGUAGCGGCGAAUACAGCGAGUCAAAUUACGGUAGCGCUACCUCGGGCAUGUACCCUUCGUUACUCACGUCGAGCCACUUAGCACGACACACGAAGCAGAUGGAGAAACCUGGUCGAGUCAGUCAUAAAUAUGAAAGAGACCCAGCGUCGUAUCCAGUACAACAACAACAGCAGGCUAGACGCAGAAAACCGAAGGUUGAAUUCUCACGUAGAAUGCUGCCUCCAUCGCUUUCGACUGAUCGACCACUUACGCAACUGGAGCAACUGCAAGUGCAGCUAUGGGCGGAGCAGGAGGCAAAAUUUCGUGAACAAGUCACAACAGAGGCUCCAAUUUUUGACUUUGAGCUGGAAAAGGCAAAGACUUUGCCGUCAAAUCCCCGGCGCCGACGAACUAGUAGCUUGGAAGACUCAGCAAAUGGUCGUGGUCUAAGGCUGCCAUCAUUUUUCUGUAGCCCGGACAACAGCACACACUCGCAAGGCCACGACGCUCUGACUGAUGAAUCCUUGCCUCCGUUUGUGAAUAAGGCCCAGACCACCAACUUGGGACAGCGAACGGUGAGCGUUGCGGACGAUGAGGACGGGCUUGACUCCAUGUAUGAGUUGGCUCUCAGUUUCGGUUCGUUGCUGCGUCCGGAGGAUCUACGUCCUACGGAGGAAAGUAUUUGUUUGUCUGUGGACUCAAGUAGCCAGGAUUACAGCGCCAUGGGCGAUAGUGAUGUGAAUCCAGCCAACGCUGGUGCCUCGGCCGCCAAGUAUCGAUCGGAUGCUUCCAAGACAACCGUCGUGAAGCUGUAUCAACGGAUCCUAGAGCUGACCAAUAAACGCCACGAAUUGGAAGCGCAACCGGAGACGGACCUCGACGAAAAGAAGGAGGUAGCUCGAGAGCUCGAAGCACUUUACAAGAAGCUUCACUCCGAGGUGGAAAUAUAA